GAGGGAUGUUUGACACACUGCAUGAAUGCUUCUGGUCAGAGAGUCUAUGGUUGCCUGUGGGCCUAACAUGGGCUGACCUGGAAGACAAAGAGGGCCGGGUCUAUGCCAAAGCCUCCCAUCUUUAUGUGACUCUCCCCUAUGCCUUAGCCUUUUUACUCAUCAGAUACCUGUUUGAAAGAUGGAUAGCAACACCACUUGCAGUUUCUGCUGGAAUCAAGCAGAGAGUCUAUCUGAAAGCUGAGGAAAAUUCUAUCUUGGAAUUCUACUAUACUACUCGGUGUCGAAAUCCUGCUCAGGUUGACAUUGAUGGGCUGUCUAAGAAAAGCAGUCUGUCCACGAGACAAGUGGAGCGCUGGUUUAGAAGAAGACGCAGACAGGACCGCCCUGGAGUUCUGAAGAAAUUCACAGAGGCCAGCUGGCGAUUUGUUUUCUACCUGUAUGCAUUCAUUGGAGGAAUGGUAGCACUGCAUGAUAAAGAAUGGCUUUAUGAUACUAGGGAAGUAUGGACAGGUUUUCCCAAGCAGACCAUGCUAGAGUCUCAGUACUGGUAUUAUAUCUUGGAAAUGAGUUUCUAUGGCUGUCUUCUCUUCAGUGUUGCUUUUGAUGUCAAGAGGAAGUCUGCCAAACUAUUCAACUAUGCCAAAUGGGAGAAAACCUGCAAAACUCUCUUCGUUUUGUUUGCCAUAAUGUUUAUGGUAACACGACUGAUCAUCUUUCCAUUUUGGCUGAUCCACUGUACUUGGGUUUACCCUGUUCUCUAUUACCCUGCCUUCUUUGGUUACUACUUCUUCAACACAAUGCUGGUGGUCCUGCUUUGUCUGCACAUUUUCUGGGCCUACCUCAUUCUACGCAUGAUCAGGAAAUUUAUGUUUGGCACACUAACCAAAGAUGAAAGAAGUGACAAUGACGAGGAAGACGGGGACGAAAGCAGCUCAACACAGGAUGAAGUUGAACAACGGCACAAGCCUGGCGGGUCACUGGUGGCUGAUAAGAAGUAUGACAAGAACAGAGGGUCUAGAUCCUUAUCUCCACCAGAGAACAUCUGCUGGUCAAAGACUGUGUGCUGACUCGUAUUCACUCUCAGUACAGGAGAAUAAUCCUGAAAUAGACUCAAAUAAAGUCCAGCGAACCAAACAUAUCACAUAUACAUGCAUUAAGUAACAGCUCAACUGUUGCCCUCCACAGACAAGAAAGCUACACUUAACCAUUGUUUUCAGAUUUUGAAACUUAAACAGCU